GGCACUGCUCUCGUUAGCUGCGGGGUAGGCCCGUUAAACAGAAGUUGCGGGGGGAAUUAGUGAGGUUUGACGGUUAAUAGCCAAGUUCCGAGGCACAGUCGAUCGGUGCCAUAUUAGUGCGAUUCUACUAAACCUCUUCGUUAGUUGCAAGCCCCUUUACGAAUCUGAGAUUUACUGUCAACUAUAAGACUGAGGGUUGAGACUGAAGUUAAUAUACCGGUAUUUCGCAUACGGACGGUUCUACAAUAUGCCACGCACACCUCCCCCCAUAACGGCUCCAUACAGUGAGCCACUUCUUCCCCAGCUGGAUAUUGAAAACCCAUAUUAUAAUGAGACACAUUAUGACUUACGGCAACAUGUUCGCGAGUAUGUCGAUACACACAUUGCUCCAUAUGCGCAAGAGUGGGAAGAAGCUGGCCAAGUCCCCGAGUCAGCGCGACUUCGCCAUCAUCAACUAGGGUUCGGCGUCGUUCACCCACUGACUAACCCCGACGAUGCUGCGAACUUGUCUUUACCUGGAGGCGUGCCGCACGAUAAGUGGGAUACUUGGUGCUCACUUAUUGUUAAUGACGAAUUGACCAGGUGUGGAUAUGUCGGCGUCGUCUGGGGCCUGGGAGGGGGAAAUAGUAUUGGAGCUCCUCCAAUUGCUCGCUUUGGGACUCCACAGCAGAGACGUCGCUGGCUUCCCGGAGUGGCGAAAGGCGAAAUUCGAUUUUGCCUUGGGAUUACAGAGCCUGAUGCUGGUUCGGACGUAGCCAAUAUUAGCACCACUGCCAGAAGGGAGAGCAAUCAUUACAUUGUAAAUGGCGCAAAGAAAUGGAUUACGAACGGGAUAUGGGCCGACUUUUGCACUGCAGCUGUACGGACUGGUGGUCCCGGACGACACGGGAUAAGUGUUCUCGUAAUACCUUUGAAGGAGCUCGGUGUGAGCCGCAAGCGUAUGCAUAACUCAGGUGUAAAUGCUAGCGGGUCUACGUUUCUAGAAUUCGAUGAUGUACGAGUUCCAGUGGAGAAUCUAAUCGGCAAAGAGAACGAAGGCUUUCAAAUAAUUAUGUCAAAUUUCAAUCCCGAACGUCUUUCCCUAGCCUGUGCAUCCCUCAGAUUAGCUCGGUGCUGUGCUGAAGACGCGUUCAAUUAUGCAGUACAGCGAGAGACAUUUGGCGCUCCAUUAAUCACUCGCCAGACAAUUCAAUCUAAGAUAUUCAAAUUCGGGCAAUUAAUAGAGCCCGCCCAAGCCUUCUUGGAACAGCUGGCGUAUAUUAUCGAGUCUACAAAAGACCGCCCUGAUGUGGUCAAUAUUGGAGGCAUGACUGCGCUGCUGAAGGUAAUGUCUACCAGGGCCCUUGAAAAGAGCGUUCGCGAAGCCCAGCAAAUUAUGGGGGGUGCUGGAUACAACAAAGCAGGGAAAGGAGCUCGUGUGGAGCAGAUCAGUCGUGAUGCGCGUGUUCACGUUGUUGGAGGUGGCAGUGAAGAGAUUAUGAUGGGUUUGGCGAUAAGAGAGGAGACAAAAGCUCUCAAUGCUCGACAAAAGGCAAAGUCGAAGAAAGCGGCGAAAUUAUAAUUUGAGGUACUUUGAGUUUAAGUUGUCUAAAAGCUUGGAAAAGCUGGCGGUUGAAAAGAAUACUCACUAUAUUAAUCCACAAUUCCUUACAAAUACAGAGUGCCGUGAGGCAGUAACACUUCCAUC